AUGGCGCCACAGCCCUCUCGAGGCCUCAUGCACACGUUCCGCACCGACUACCCACCCCUCCACGCCUUCGAGUUCGGCACGGGCGACGACCCUCGUCGCCCGCUCGUCCUGUUCGUCGGCGGCCUCGGCGACACGCUCCUCAGCACGCCGUACCUGCCCAAGCUCGCGACCGCACUCGAGACGCACGGCUGGCGGCUCGCGCAGGCGCGGCCGACCUCGGCGGGCAUGAGUUGGGGCGGGUGCACGGUCGAGCAGGACGCGAGCGAGAUUGCGCUGUGCACCGAGUACUUCAAGGAGCGAGGCGCCGACAAGAUCGUGCUCAUGGGCUGUUCGACCGGCUGUCAAGACGCCAUCGCGUACCACCACGCCUCGUCCGACUUUGUCCCGCUCGCCGGCGUCGUCCUGCAAGCCCCCGUGUCGGACCGCGAGAUCGAGCAGGUCCAGACGCUCCUCAAGAAGCACGCCGACGAGGGCAUCGACUACAGCAAGCCCGACCAGCAGUCGUUCGUCCCUCAAGCUUGGAGCAAGUUCUGGCACUGCACGUCGGGCCUCACGUACGCUCGCUGGCGCUCGCUCGUCGAAGAGCCCGCGUCGGACACGAUCGACCUCGCCGCGUCCGAGGACUUCUUCUCGAGCGACCUGUCCGACGCCCGACUGCGCAACGCCUUUGCGCCCGUCAAGUGCCCCGUCAUGAUUGCGCUCGGCACCGAGGACGCGUCGUACCCGCCGCACGUCAAGGCCGACCUGCCGGCGCUCCUCGAGCGCUUCCGCAAGGCCGCACCGACCCUCAGCUCCGACAUGAUCCUCGAGGGCGCAGAGCACACGCUCGGCGACGGCAAGCACGCCGACGAGUUCGUCGAGCGCGUCGUCAAGUUUGUCGGCGAGCUGUAA